UACUAAGUAAGUUCAUACUGCGUAUUGCCUUUCUGACUUCGGUGUGAAAAUAUAUAAAUAAAAAAAGUCAGUCGCGCCGGGGCACGCGUAUGUUCGCGCAUACUUAUUAUAUAUUAUAGUUAUUAGCGUUCGAGAGAGACGAGGACUAGCUGCUUCCGCUUCUUCCUGCCAGCCUACAUUGUACCUUCCUCCUUCCCUUACAUUCGCCACUGCAAUUCGGUCCUUUCAUUCAAGAGAACUCUUCGACGGGUAAAAAAAACAUUUUACAAGAGAGAAGAUUGGCGACUUCCGGCUUUACAUCCGAUCGAAGUCGCCAUGACUUUCCUUUCUCUUCUUAUUUACGAGUUUUCUUGAUAUUUGCAUUAAAGAAAAAAAAUUCGCUGUGUUCCCGAUUGAUUAAGCUCGCUUGUUCGUCCCUGGGUAGGUGGACGCGGAAGCAGCGGACGGCAGUAUCCGUCGCGAAAACUUUUUUCACGGUUCCGUAAGAAAAAGUCCCACGCCGAAGUCCGCGCGUCCCCGCCGACUGUGUCUGUUUCAUGUUUUUCAAUAUUUGUAAUUUAUCGAUAAAAUUAUAAAAGGUAUCGAUACAUAACAGUCUAAAGUGUGCGCUACUCUACAUAAUAAUAUUAUAUAUAAAAAGUAUAAAAGUAUACAUUAUAUAUAUAUUAUAUAUAUAUACAUAUAUAUUAUAUAUGAAAAGUAUAAUAUAUAUAUAUUAUACAUACAUUGGGAUUGGUGAGAAUAUACGGUUUUUUCGCUUUGGAGUGUUAUUUUCUGAAAAUAUUGAACAAAAUAUGGAAAAAAAAUUAAUAAAACCAAUGAGUAAAAACAAAACAAAUGUGAUUUUUUUCUCACCCGAUGUACGACACGUCGUCAGCGACAGGCAAUUCUCUGUUGGAUUUUGCGAUUGCAUUCAUAUCGCGUGAGCGCACAAGUGUGAAUAUCUGAUGCAAAUAACUUUAUAUGACGCAUAACAUUUCGCUUUUAAUUUAUAAUAAUAUAUGAAAUCGUCCGACAUAUUAGAUUUUGAAAAUGAUUCGGUAUUUGAAGGAGAGCACAAUGAAUUCGUUGACAAGGAUAACAAGGUUGUUUAAUAUAUCUUUAAUCUUCAAUAUUAGUUUGGAUUUAAAUAACAUCUUGUUAACUUCCUGAAAUUAAUAUACAAACAAAUUUAGAUUGCUCUGCAGUUAUCAUGUUCAUACAUAUCAGGUGUAGAUGCAUGAUUUACUGAUUAAAUUUUAUUACUGCAUUUAUUAUUGAUAUUUUAUUAUUAAUUAAAUUAUUAAUGAAAACGUUACUACGAUGUAAUACAAUAAUAAUUUCGUAAGAACGUUGUUUUAUCAUACGGAGUUUGUUGUUGAAAGUACAGAUGUUCGAAGGGAUUAUGUACAUGCCGACUCUUCCAAACGCUUUUAACAGUCUCGUUGGAAAGACGGUGAGGAUCGAAACGGAGAAGCCGCAAUAUAUCAUCGAAUUAUUAGGUGAUCUUUUGGGAGUUGAAGACUACAAGACGAAUAAAGCUGCUUUCUGGUUUUUGGACGCUAUAGCUCUUCAAGUUCUACGUUACAAAAAUUGUCUAGAUGAUCAUUAUAGAAGUGUAUUAAUUAGCUGGCUGGCUGGAGAAAUGAAAUUAAUUCGAGAUAGGAAGUUACUUCGCGAGGACUUUUUUAAGGAAAUGAGAAUAUUAUUUCUCUGUGUUACUGAAAAAUUAUCUAGUAACGAUCGAUUGCUACAUUGGGAUGAAUAUUCUAAAAUUAUGUCACAAAAUCCUUCCACCGAUGCAUCUGCCAAUAAUGAAGCGGAAUAUUUAAUUACGAAUAAAUUAUCUGAAAAGGAAUUAAUUACAAAAGAUGACAAAUAUAUGUCUCAAGAAAACAAAUUUUUCUUUCUCGAACGAGAAUUGAAAGAUCAUAACAGUUCAAACAGUGCAAUAAAUAAUUUGCAAGAAAGGUCAUCGAUGAACGUCAAAACUUCAGAGAAUUUGCGAACAGAUGUAUUCGCAAAUUCAAACACAGCUAUUGGAACUUUUAAUUUAACAAAUCCAAGCGAUGUCCUGGAUAUAAUUGUUGAAGCGACAUACAACAUGUACGCUAAUGAAUUGCGGUAUGCCCUUAUAUAUGCAGUUUUUGCACAACCAAUACAGGUACAAAUCUUUCAUAUGCCUCACACUGUUCGAUUACCACGUCAAAUUAAACUCGCAGAUCCUGGAGGAACAUUUGAUUUACAGCUUCGCGAACGAUUGGAAAAAAUUGCUGAAAGUCAAAGAAUAAAUGGCGAAAAGGUUAAAGGAAAGAAAAUGAUUCAUGAUACGAGAAAAGAGCAAAUGGUUAAAGAAAUGGAAAUUCCUCCGCCACCACCACCUUCGAUAAUUGAAUUAGAAAAGUUAGCCUACAAUCGUCAAUUUAUUCUACCGCUAAUAGAGGCAAAUGAAGCAAUGCAGAUCUUUGAUAUGCAUGCAGGGAAUAUGUAAUACGAUAAAUACGAAUAAAUGAUUGAAAGAA